CAAAACGCGUGUUUUCGUUUUGUGCUCAUCGACGGAGUUUAAAAGAAGUUGUGUUUUCAGAACAAUUUACCACACUUGAGCGUAAUUUUCCAACUGCUUCAACUUCCCCGUGAAUUAUAAAUGUCGUCUCCAGAUUCGCAAUCGGCCAGUAAGCCGGAAAAACCGGAAACGACCACCCCCAAGGUGGUGCUGAACGAGGACCAGCAGGCAAUAUUCAACCGGAUUGCCAAGAAUGAAAAUAGUGAACUGCGUUUGCUACUGUCGCAGUACAAGUCCAACGUGGACUUUGUGGACGAGAAUGGGAUGACCCCGCUCCAGCACGCCUCCUACAAGGGCAACAAGGAAGUGGUCCAGCUGCUGCUGGACCAGGGUGCGGAUGUGAACUCCGGCAAGCACGAGUACAACUACACGGCGCUGCACUUUGGAGCGCUCUCGGGUAGCGCGGACGUAUGCCUGAAGCUACUGCUCGCCGGAGCCGACCUGAAGGCGGUGAAUUCCGUCGGCCGGACACCGGCACAGAUGGCAGCAUUUGUAGCGAACCUCGAGGCGGUCGGCACGAUCAACAACUUUGUGCCGCUGAAGGACAUCGAGGGCUACACAGUGGCCACGGGCGGGUCCGAGCCAGCUCUCCAGCCUACGCUACUGGGACCGUUCCACAGCUUUAUCAUGCAGGUCAACAUCCACCCGGUCCGGAUACUGCUGAACCUGCAAAAGUAUGGCCUGAUGCCGGCGGACCUGAAGCGGAUCCGCUCCGUGCUGAGCGAUAUGAUGGACCGCGAGAUGAAACAUCGCGGUGGGGUCAACGAAGUGAUGGCGUUCAAAUAUCACUUCCUUGCGUACGUCGUGGGAGAGAUCGAGAAGCACCGCGACUACAUUAACUCCCGCCGCGACGCCCAGCAGGAUGCAAAAACCGACUUCAUCGAACUGUUCGCCAAGCGGGUGCUGAAACCGAACAAGGACGGAACGCUGGACUACGUGGAGGCGCUGGUGCGCGAGUGCGUGAGAGAGUUUCCGUACCGCGAGUGUACCAUCUUCCGUCAGAUGGUGACGCAGCUCGCCAGCAAGGAGAACGUCGCCGCCGCCCUCGAUAUUGCCCGGGCGGCGAUCAACGGGCAGCGCCCGUUCCAGGACACCAUCUCGGUGUGCAGCUCGUGCGGGGAGGAAAAACCGGACAAGAAAUGCUCCAAAUGCCGGGAGGUCCAAUACUGCGAUCGCCAGUGCCAGCGGUUGCACUGGUUUACGCACAAAAAGUUCUGCGCCCGACCCUCUUCUACCGGUGCCGAUGGUCAGUCGCCUGCCGUUGCCAAGGAGAUUGAUUCGACGGAAAUCAGCGAUCAGCUGCAAAAGCUCGUCGCCGGCUGAGAUGUAGAGUAAAUGAUGAUGAGAUAGAAUAUAAUUUUCCUACGUUCUUUAAUGUCAAGCUGAAUGUUCCCCCAUCGGAAAUCGGAAUGUCUCCCUAGUGGAAAGUCAUCUAUCGGUGUUCAUAGAAUCGCAAGUUUAUGGUCAGUGUCAAUAUUGUAAAGUUUGUAAUAAGCGGAGUGUUCGGUAAGAAAAUCUCGUCGAAUAAACAGCUUCUAAAGGA